CUGGCUGGACCUUCAUAUUGCCAUCGUGCUGUUAGGCUAGCUCAUAGGAGUACAUGACAUGAUACACCUCGAGUUCUUGGCCAUGGCGCCCGGUUUCAUGCCGAGGCGCCUGAUCGCCUUCCUCCUCAUCUUUUGUGUCCUCCGCCGGGGGCAGGGGGGCAGCACAACCUCGCCGGGGCAGCAGUCCCUGCUGUGUGGCUCGCAAAAGUACGAGAUAGGCAGCCCCUACGACGACCACGUUCGCUGGCUUCUUCCCAACUUUACCGAGUCCGUCAUCCAGGACGGCGCCAUUUCCGGCUGGGCUGACGUUGGCAACGUGGCCAGCGACCUUGAUGAUGGGGUGGGUUGCAUGGCCAUGUGCUACGCGGACCACGGCCGGGAAGACUGCGCGCAGUGCCUCAGGUACGUCGCCGGCCGGUUCCUCCAAGGGAAGGACUGCCCCAACGCCAGGAACGCGUCCGCCUUCUACGACACCUGCAUGGUAUGGUACUACCAGCUCUCCCCGGUGGUGGACUUCGGCUACUUACCCGUGGCGUUCAGAAGCAAUUUGGGGCUUGACCUCACCGGCAGCCAAGAGGCCGCGAGCUUCCGGAAGAAGCGGAGAUUGCUUCUCCGAGAUCUAUCCAGCCAGGCCAUUGCGUCCAAGCAGUACGCCGCGGCCAGCAGCUACUACGGCAGCGCCGUCCAAAGCAUCUACGGCCUUGUCCAGUGCCAGAGGUUCCUGUCCAGAGAAAACUGCAGCUGCUGCCUCAACGAGUUGACACAAUAUGUUGCGCAUGAUCCCAGCACCAUGAAUAUGACUAUAGGCGCGGUCAAAACUUACUGGUGCUACAUCAGAUAUGGGACGGAGAAGUUCGAUGAUUACAUCUCCGAAUACAUGGUGACGCCGCCGUCGCCCAACGACGCUUGGGCAACAGCACCCGCCAUGGCACCAGCGCUGGCGCCGGCGCCCAACGACGCUUGGGCAACAGCACCCGCCAUGGCACCAGCGCUGGCGCCGGCGCCACCACCCCACAAACACAAAGGGAGGGCAACGAUGAUAGGAGUUAUCAUAGGUAUUUGCAGCGGCAGCAUCGUCUUGGUGACCGGGAUUAUGCUUCUUCUCAGGUACCUCUUCCGUGGGAGGUUGUCCCGUGUGCCUUCCAGGCAAAGCAUACAACUUGGCAGCUCCGCGCCAAUGCAGUUUUCAGCCAGCCAGCUCAGGGACGCGACUAACAACUUCACUGACCCUCUAGGCAGCGGUGCAUUCGGUACCGUGUACAAGGGUACAAUGGGAGGGAAGGAGGUCGCCGUAAAGAAGCUUCAUAGCAAGGAUGGUGUCAUAGGGGCGGCCUUCACUAGCGAAGCCCACAUGCUCAUGGCGUUCAAGCAUAAGAAUCUUGUGAAGCUGCUGGGGUACUGCGACACAGGCGACGACAGGUUGCUCUGCUUCGAGUAUCUCAGUGGCGGAAGCAUCGAUAAGCUUAUCUAUAAGGGAAGUGGGUACGUGCUAGAUUGGAGCGGACGCUACAAGAUUGUGCAAGGAAUAUGUUCAGGCCUGCACUACCUACACCACGAACUAGACCAUGAGCAGAACAUCGUUCACCUGGAUUUGAAAGCGAGCAACGUACUGGUCAGCCGCGGCGAUGGGGGAGACAUCACCUGUGUGAAGAUCGCCGACUUUGGCCUCUCAAAGUUCUUCAAAGCGGAUCUAACACACUCGUACACGGAGCAGGUCGUUGGUCUAUUGGCGUACAUGGCACCGGAAUACGUCUGCAAGGGCAGAAUUUCACCCAAGGCCGAUAUAUACAGCUUUGGCAUUCUUAUUCUGGAGAUAGUCACUGGGCGAUGCGCCAAGGUGGGCGAUUCUUCGGGCGACUUCAUCACCUGGGUUCAUGAGGAGUGGAGAGGAGACGUCCGAGCUCUCAUGGAUGUUGAUGGCCUGCCGGGCGACUCUAUCACACAAGCCCGCAACUGCAUCGAGAUAGCGCUGGACUGCAUCCAGGAAGACCCCAACAGCAGGCCGGACGCGGCAAUGAUAAGGCAGAGGCUCUCGCAUGUAUGACGGCGGCGGAUGUGAAGAAAUUGAUUGUUUAUGUGAUGUGAUGUCAAUCUGUCAUUGUUACCGGGCUCAUUUGGAUGACGGCAAAAGUUUGUUCUUUGUUAAAGUCACUGGUUUGCAUUGGGAUCGACGAAUUUGAUGUAUUCAAGACUUGUAUUUUUUCAUGUGUUGCAUGAUCUGCUAUUUGGAGAAACCUCUUCAUUUUUCAA